GUGUAUAGGUAGUUAGAGUCACAGACUGUUGCUUUUCAAUGUGUUGGAUACUUUUAGUGGCUUUAUGCUUCCAGGUGCCUUGUUAUCUUACACGGCGUAUUACCCUGAGUGGAGUCCUGCACCGGCAAAGUGCCCUGCAGGGUUCCUCGUCUCCAGCAAAAUUUCUAGGGGAAGGCUGAAGAGGAAACUCAACACCACGGCUUCAGCCGCGUCGCGAACACCAAGUCACCAUUCUGCGGCAGCUAGUCGGUGGGGUUGGGAAGCAUCAGAACAUAACACAAACUCGUUGAGGAGGAGAUACCAAAAAUGUCGAAAGCCACCCUCGCCGUCAUCGCGGCCGUCAGCGCCGGCGCCGGGGCAGCAGCCACGGCAGCCGUGUACUCGAUGCGCUCCGACAAGAAACCCGCCGUGACAACAACCACAACAACCGUCAGCACAACAUCCUCCGCCUCUUCUGUCCCCGCCCCGGUCCCCGCCUCCCAAGUCUUCAGCAGCAGCCCAACCAUUACCACAACCACCACCCCGGUCCCCACCCCAAGCACCUCCCCCACCGCCCCCGUCAACCCGGCCGGCCUCUUCGAAUACGGCUUCCCCGGCCCCGUGGCCGACCUCGCCUCGCGCCAAGCCCUGAUCUCCUCCUAUGACCGGCGCACGCGCAACCCGCACUGGGUAGCCGAGCACAUCACGCCGGCGUCGCUCGCGCAGCGCGGCGGUGACCGCAAGAACAGCGCCUUCCUCGAGGACCCGCUGAUCCCAGACAAGUUCCAGGCCAAGCUGGCCGACUACUUCCGCUCGGGCUACGACCGCGGCCACCAGGUGCCCGCGGCCGACUGCAAGUGGUCGCAGACGGCCAUGGACGAGACGUUUUACCUGUCCAACAUGUGCCCACAGGUCGGCGAAGGCUUCAACCGCGACUACUGGGCGCACUUUGAGGAUUUCUGCCGACGGCUGACCACGCGGUAUCCGAGCGUGCGGGUCGUCACCGGCCCGCUGUACCUGCCCAAGCGCGAUCCGGCGGACGGCAAGUGGUAUGUCAAGUACGAGGUGAUCGGCAGCUCUGCGCCCAGCGUGGCGGUUCCGACGCACUUCUACAAGGUCAUUUAUGCGGAAGAGGGGACGGCGCCGGGCGGGAAGGUGGCGCUGGGCGCGUUUGUGCUGCCGAAUGCCGUGAUUCCCAACGACAAGCCGCUAAGUGAUUUCGAGGUCCCGCUCGAGGCGGUCGAGCGGGCGAGCGGGCUUGAAUUCGCGGCCAAGCUGCCCGUCGCGAGGCGGAAGAGGCUCUGUGCCGAGACGAACUGCUCGAUUGUGGUCAAGGAGUAUGUGGAGAGGCAGAAGGCGUUUGCGAAGAAGUGAAUGGGCGUUAAUUUAGAGCAAGCUUUUGAGGUAUUUUGACGAGUGCACAUAGCAGAGCACGAGAUGUAUCAUAUUUUACCUUAGAUGAUUGUACAAUAUUAUCCGAAGCCAGAAGCAACAUCAGCGCUGCGGCUUCUGGCUGGACACCUCUAU